AUGAGGCGUCGUAUCUGGCUUCACCUCGUCGCUUCUGCCGCCCUUCUCGGUCGUGCCUGCGCGCAGUUGGACACGCUGCCGCCAUGUGGUAUUUCCUGUGUCAACACUGUCAUUGCGAAAGGCUUUGGUUGCGCCUCUCAGGAUAAUGCCUGCCUCUGCAAACAACAGGACUUCGUUUUUGGUGUUCGGGAUUGUGCCUCGCAGUCUUGUGGUGCGGACGUUGCGCCUAAGGUGAACGAAUUCGUGACAGCUCUCUGCGCAACUGCCACUCAGGCUCCUCCUGCAUCGACACAGGCACCCGCGUCUCAGCCUCCGUCUUCGCCGCCGGCACCAGCAACAACCCCUCCGCCAGCACCUCAGUCAACUUCGCAGCCGCCUCCGCCUCAGGCAACAACAGCCAAACCCAGCGUUGCAGAGACUCCCUCAUCUCAGCCCGUCAACUCACCACCGCCAUCUGCGGCGAGCAACUCUGGUUCCGAGGUCGUGCAGGCUACUCAACUUCCCACUGCUGCACCCACCACCUUAUCCACAUCAACCAAGGCUACUACGACCAAAUCCGCAACAUCCACUUCCACCGGGUCUCCACCAUCACAAUCUGGAUCUGCGUCAGACAGCGAUGCAGAGAAGGUCAACGCUACUGAUGGCCUCUCUGUGCCGGCAAAGGCUGGCAUUGGCGCGGCCGCCGGAGUAGGUGUCAUCGCCAUCGCUCUCGCUCUCUGGCUGCUGAUAAGGCGCCCGAGAAACCGGACACAUUCUAUGCAAAUCUCAGGUCCCAUGCCUGGCUCCGGAAGGGACUACUCGGGUGGAAUUGUCGGCAUGACUGGAAAGAACUUUUCCGAGUUGGAAAUGCGGUCGCGAAGAUAUGAAGACAUGGUUCCGCGCCAGACGCCAAGACGCAUGAUCUGA